UGCAAUUUAUUCCAUUGAUUUUUGCUUUGUUUAAUUGCUUUCGCGUUUAUUUUAUUCCCUAAAUAAUCGAUUUAAAUAAAGUUUCACUUCUUUGAACGUACUACAGCCGUAAAGCUAGCUGCAUUGUCGUAACGGCAACGGUCGCCAUGACAACUCGUCUCCAACCACAACAACGUGAGAAGCAGAAAUGGCGUCCGCCAGUGAUGAAUGUGCGGCUGCGGAUGUUUUAAAAUCUCUGGCUCGACAUUUAAACUGUUUAAACGAGGACAACAAAAGCGCAAGAAGGCGAGCUUUAGAUGCGAUUAAACGAGAAACUAUCGACCAGGGCCUGUCCAGCGCUGUGCUGCAGGAGGUGUUCGUGUGUUUGUUGAAAACGCUGCUGAAGUGUCUGUCAGAUCCCGCGGAGACAUGCAGAGACACGACUAUUCAUAUCAUAAUAGCCUUUAUUAGAUCCGUCCCCAAACCAGAUGACACUCUGCCAUAUCUGAUGCCCUCUCUGGCGCAGAGACUCGGAGGGAAAGACAUGCUGGAGCCGGCGGAGGAGCUCAGACUGGCACUGAUGGAGAUGCUGUCGCUGGCGGUGGAGGUGUGUGGGAGACAUCUAGCGCCUUACCUGGACGACGUGAUAAGGAUCCUACAGAGAACCAUCACAGAUCCUUUUCCAGAGGUGAAGAAAGAGAGCUGUAAAUGUGCCAUUAAUUUCGCCAAGUGUGUUCCUGAACAUUUUCAUCUGCAGGCGGAGAGUCUUUUCAAGCCGUUAUUGCAGACUGUUUCUCACCAGCACUCUCACGUGAGAGUUUCAGCCACACAGGCUAUUGGUGCGGUCAUUCAGUACAGUUCUGGCAAGAAUGUGGACGACAUUUUGUCCCAUUUGGCACAAAGAUUGUUUGAUGACUCACCACGGGUAAGAAAGGCUGUUACUGUAGUGGUAGGUGAUUGGCUUCUUCACCUGCCCGACAGAUAUUCCUACUUUCACAAACUCAUCCCACUUCUCCUGAGCAGCCUCAGUGACGACAUCCCUGAAAUCAGGUCACUUGCUGAGGAUUUGUGGAAGCAGAUAGGAGCCCAGUGGGAGAUGGAGAAUGAAGAUGAUUUGAAGGAUAAGAUGGACUUUCAGCUACCUGCUCUUUACGCAUCUGAAGGUGAGCGUCCCGGGCUGGGGUGUAGAGAGCUGGUGGUGAGGAAUCUGUCUAAGUUACUUCCUGCGGUGGGCCGGGACAUUUGCGACUGGUUAGUGCAGACACGAGUGAAGACCGCCCAGCUGCUGCGUGUUCUUCUGCUGCACGCUGAAGAUCACAGCACGCAACACCUGCAGUCACUGCUCACGGUGCUGUACCACGCAUGCGCUGAUGCUGAGGCCGACGUUAGGACGCAGUGUUUAGAGUCGGCAAAGCUCUUGGGAGUGUUUGUGAGUCCAGAAGUCUACCUCAAGUUGCUCCUACCUCACGCUGUUGACUCCGCUUCCUGUUCGUCUGCCUCUCCCUGGGCUCCUCUCAUGGUUCUGGGUGCCGUAUUAAGAGGGAGCUCGACGGAGGCGUUACGCCCCCACCUGUCACAGAUCGGAGACACACUGGCACACCCCGAAGUCUGUCAGGGGUCCCAACAGGUACUGUAUCUGGAUCAGUUGUUGACGUGUGUUGACACUGUGCUGCGGGUGAGUCAGGUGGAUUGUGAUGUCAUCAGUAUACAGCUUUUGAAGGUUCUGGUGUGCGUUCAGAGUCUGUCAUCACAUCAGGAACAGCACAGUGAGGCAGAAGAGCUGAUGAGACGUCUGUGUGAGGUUCAAAGUCUGCCGGGGGUGUGCGAGUUAUACAGACGGCACAUGACCGAUCUGUUGCUAUGGCUGUUUGACUCCCAUCACGCCUGGACUGGUCACUCCGUUCAGAAAACACAGCUGGAGAUCAUCGCUGUCCAAUCAGGUCCGGUUGUGGGAGAGUUUCUGUCAGCCUUUUUGCCGUUGUUAAAGAGUUGUGUUGAACCGAGUCGAGACCCGGAGCUGAGACUUCACAUCUUCACCAUGCUGUCCAAACUAAUGCUAGAUGCCGGCAAGACGGUGGACUCGCAGGGGAGAUUUGGUGAAUAUAUGGAGGUGGUCCUACAGGACUUGUUGUUGCCUAAUCUGGUGUGGCAUUCGGGUCGGUGCGCUGCGGCUGUCAGGACGGCUGCUCUGAGCUGUGUUUUAGCUCUUCUGCAUGGGGCGGCUUUACCAGCAGAGCGAGUUCUGUCAGUGGAGGAAAGCCUCAGGACUCAGCUGAUCUCGGCUCUGGAGGAAGACUCCAGACUGGCCCGUUUAUUGGCCUGCAGGUCACUUCACUCACUCCUGAAACUGACAGCGCAUCAGCUCAACACGGACUCGCUCAACGAGAUCUAUCCGGAGUUGCUGAAGCGUGUAGAUGACAGCAGUGAAGAUGUCCGUGUUGAAGCUCUGAAGUCUCUCAGCACGUGGUUCUCAUCUCUGGGAAAAAACUACGACGCUCAGUCAUGUCGUUCGCACCUGGAGUUGCUGUUCCAGCAGCUUCUCCUCUACAUGGACGACCCUGACAGCAAAGUCCAGGACUCUGUGCUCGAUGUCUUGAAGGUUGCUAGUGAGGUUGAUCGUGAUCUCCUACAACAACAAACGGAGGCUGUGCGAGAGAAACAACGCAACCCUGAGUUCUGUGAUAAACUGCUGCAGCACAUUCACUCAUUAUAA